GGUCAUAUAGGUUCAAUAGAACUUUUGAGUUUGAACCUGUCACGAAUGUGAUCUUUCCUGUUCAUACUCUACGUUGAACACCAACCCCCGAAAGACACCAUGAAGAAAUACGUAAUGAUUGGCCUAGGAGGUCGGAGUUCAUUCUUCUACACAGCCCUCGCAAAAGACUUCACUUCAACAUCUUUAAUCGUGGGAUUCUGUGACACGAAUCAAACCCGUAUGAAUGUUGCCAACGAUCAGCUCGUCAAGCUCAAAUACCCAUCAGCUCCACUACCAACUUACAAAGCUGUUGAUUUUGAUAAGAUGAUCACCGAGACCAAACCAGAUGAGGUGAUCAUCACCACCAUGGAUCGAACACAUGAUAUUUAUAUCAUCAGAGCUUUGGAAUUGGGAUGCAACGUUAUUACUGAGAAACCCAUGACGAUUGAUGAGACGAGGUGUAAGGCGAUUAUUGAUGCGGUUGAGAGGACGGGAAAGAAGGUUAGGGUCACGUUCAAUUACCGAUAUGCACCGCAUAAUACGAAGGUUUUUGAGUUGCUAGGUAAGCAUUUUCUUCGACUUUUGUAUUUGACAAAAUUAUGUGAUUUCUUCGUUCUUUCGCAGACCACCUUUUCCUUAUGAAAACACACUCAAAAAUAAAACACUAUUCAUUAACAUCUCAUCCAAGGGGAAGGGGCAAUCGGUAAGGUAAACUCAAUUCAUUUUGAAUGGGCUCUCAACACCAGCCACGGAGCAGACUAUUUUCGUCGAUGGCACCGAGACAAGAGAAACGCUGGUGGACUUCUCGUCCAUAAAUCCACGCACCACUUUGAUCUUAUCAAUUUCUGGCUCCGUUCUUUCCCCGUGUCGGUUAUGGCACAAGGUGGCCUCAUGUUCUACGGUCGAGAAAAUGCCGAGCAGCGAGGUAUCACGGAGUUCUACACUCGAGCUCAUGGAAGCGAGGUAGCAAAGAAGGAUCCCUUCGCAUUGCAUUUGGAAGAACACGAGCAAUUGAGAAAGAUGUAUCUUGAAGCGGAACACGAGGAUGCUUAUUAUCGAGAUCAAAGCGUGUUUGGAGAUGGGAUCAGUAUAGAAGACACGAUGGGUGUCUUAGUAAAGUAUGCGAGUGGUGCGAUUUUGACAUACAGUCUCAUUGCUUACUCUCCAUGGGAGGGCUUCCAUGCAGUUUUCAAUGGCACAAAAGGAAGGUUGGAGUUGGAUGUCGUGGAGGCCAGCUAUGUUAAUAGUGGUGGAGAACAGGGUGCUGAAGGUGCGCUGGAGAAGUGUACGGUUACUUUGAGGCCAUUGUUUGAGAAACCGAGGGAAAUCGAAGUUGAGGGUGGACUUGGAGGACAUGGUGGAGGGGACCCGAUCCUUCUGAAUGAUCUUUUUGGAGAGAACGUUGGAGAGGAUCGGUUUGGCAGAGCGGCUGACCACAUCGACGGCGCGCGAAGUAUCUUGACUGGCAUUGCAGCGAAUAAGUCUUUGAGAACGGAAGGUGUGGUGUUGGUGAAGGAUAUCCUGGAUUUGACAGGCAAAUAA